GAAGUUGCAGUCGGUGCGAAAGCAGAGAGAGAAGUUUUGAACGCAAAUCACAUUUUCUCGUAGAAAACUUGAAAAUAAACCGCAAGCAUUGAUCGAAGGGGCCGGUUGAGGAAUUUUCUUCGCGUGGGGAUGGUAACCGCGGAGAGAAACUUCGAUGAAGGCAAAAACGGGGGCCGUUCUCGUGGCCCGAGCCCGAAUGGUCAUUUGUCUGACGACAGCAGCGCCACUGACGACUCGGAUUCUGAGAACGGCAUGCGGGUUGGUGGAGAUUUCCAGGCUUUUGUGCCAGAAUACAACGCUGAACAAGCCCGGCUGGAGUAUUCAACGAAGCCAGAUGCUAUGCUUGUUUGGGCACCUAGUCCAGAACUCCCUGAUGCCAAAGUCGAUGAGUACACAACCAUAGCAAAAGAAAGACAUGGGUACAAUACUGAGCAGGCUCUUGGUAUGUUAUUUUGGCACAAGCAUAAUGUUGAAAAGGCCCUUGGCGAUCUGGCAAACUUUACCCCCUUCCCAGAUGAAUGGACUGUCGAGGACAAAGUAUUGUUCGAACAAGCCUUCAGUUUUCAUGGGAAGAGUUUUCAUCGAAUAAGACAGAUGCUGCCAGAUAAAUCAAUUCCAAGCUUAGUGCGGUACUACUACUCAUGGAAGAAGACAAGGUCACGAACAAGUCUGAUGGACCGGCAGGCAAAGAAGCUGGCUAAUCACAGAGAAGAUGACAGUGAUGGAGGCUCUGAUGUGAGUGGUAACAGUGACAGUGAUUUUGAGCAUUCCAAAGAAAAUGGGAAAUCAGAAGAGGGAAAAAGUGCAUGUUCAAACUGUGCCAUGAAUGUUUCUCAACUGCACUCAACACCAAAGGGAUCUUUAUGUAAUUCUUGCUACCAAUACUGGAGGAGAACUGGUCUUAUGCGAUCAAAUGUUGGCCCUCGUAAGCAUGAAAGCCAACAUGCCGGACGUCACAACCCAAUCAAAAGUCGUAGAAAGCCGCCAAGGGGGAUGUAUCUUAAUCAUGAUGAUUUUUUAGCGAUGGCUACGGGUCCAGCUGCCCAGGGAGAUGCGAUCCUCAAACAGUUGGAUGUGGAGAUAGUGUCACUGAAACGACAGGUGCGCAAUAACAAGCAGGUGAUCAGCCAGUAUGUUCAGGUUACAACACCAGGAGUUGAUAAUCUCAGGCCCCCAGAGAACAACAAUAGAAUUAAUGCACGUUGGACAAAUGAAGAGUUAUUACUGGCCGUGCAGGGAGUUAGAAAAUAUGGCAAAGACUUCAAAGCCAUUGCUGAAGUGAUUGGUAACAAGACUGAGGCGCACGUACGCAGUUUCUUUGUGAACUAUCGGCGACGUUAUAAUUUGGAUGAGGUGCUAGCUGCAUUUGAAGCCGAGCAUGGCCCGGAUGAGUCAUCCAUCGAUAUUGACAUCGACAAAAAGAGUGAGGGUGACAAAUCUGAGAAGUCCGAGUCACCGACGCCAACGCCGGUCGUCACAAACGGUAAUGGUAAAGAGCAGAAUGGACAGUCUGCAGCGCCACCGUCUGCUGCUGCUCCUCCACCCGCCCCUGCCACUACGUCUGCCCCACCACCAUUACUGAAACAAGGACAACCGUCAGUUCAGCCACCUCCACUGCGACCUCAGCAGCCACGCCUUCUGCCAAGUCUCCAUCGUGGGCCGCAACCUCCACCACUUAUUCGACCGAACACUGUUCCAUACAUGAUGCAAAAGCAGCCAGCUACUGGGCCAGCUCAAACCUAAUUGUAUUUUGGACUGACACUGUAAGCCGGGGAAAGUGUAUGCAUUUUAUGUUCUUGGAUCGAACUGGGAAAAAAAUUCGUGCAACGAUCAUCUGUCUUAGUGGCCUAGCCAGCUUGGCAAGUUGGAAGGACAGUCUGAUUCUUGGCAAGCUGAAGAAUUGAUUCUCCAGGGUGUUGUUUUGGCCAAUAAUAUGAAUACCUGUACCCUGUACCUGUAGAUUUGUACAUUGACUAACUAGGUAAUACCAAAGUAUUUUGAAUUUUUUACCAGUAAUCUUUCUGUAUUUGUUCUAUGAUCAGUCAGUUUUUUAAGCACAAAAUAUUUUGUAUGAAUACAUUCUAGAAAUACAGUACUUAUCUAUUUGGACAUGAAGCAAAAAGAUAACGUUGACACUUUUCAAAAUGAAUACAAUGUGUUGCAGUAUGCUCCUCUAAGAAAAUUUGAUGAAGUCGUUAUUUGCAAUAAUUUUCUGAACAUGUGGUCAUUAUGAUAGGGCUCCACAGUACAUUUGUGAUUUUUGCUCCGAAAAUAUUUCAAUCACAUUUUGGAAGAAAAAAAGCUUUUGUAAGCUAUCGAAAUUGCUGCAUGUGUAAAUGGGUAAAGGAAAGUGUAAAUAUAUGCCGAGUAACUGGGGUGGAAUGAGGUAUUGCUUUCUUCUCAGGAAGAUUUUUCUGUUCAUUUUGUAGCACUUGUAUAUAUUCAUAUCGUAUUUAUAUACAUCAAUAUUUACUUGAUGACAGAUUAGAAAUGUAUGAGUGAAACUUUAAAAGUUAAAUUGUACUUUCAACAUGGUUAAGAAAUCAAAGAUGCUUGGUUGUUAAAAGGUCUUUAUUUCACAUGAUAAGGCCCAUUAUUAAAUGCAAGGUUAGUUUGAAAUUUAAGAUUUGAAUGUGAAGUUGGAAUUGAAUUUGAUACUUUUCCAUAAUGUACAUACAGGAGAAAAUAACGUUAUUUCCUUGGGAGGAAAUAACCUUGCAAAUGCUGCUUUGGAACGAACUUGCUUCUGUAGAAAUUAUGUUGUUUUGAAAAUAAUUUCUAUAACCUCUAUUCAAAAUGUGGCCUUUAGUAUUCUAUAUAAAUUUUAUUCCUGUUGAGAUGCGUAUACCGACAAGUUAGUAAUGUCCCGAAACACUUAAUCCCAUCCUCAGCGACUGAAAAAACUCUUGACAGCAUUGAACAGGGCGUGAAAAAACCCAGACCAACGUUACUCUUUUACUGUGUAAAUGUGUGAAGUUGUGCAAUACUAAAAUUGGAGGAAUAGUGCUGUGUUAUGGGACAUGUUGUAUUGUGUAAAAAGUCUUAUAUGUAUGUUCAUGUCAGGUCAUUAGUUGUCUAAUGAAUGAAUAUU